CAUCUCCUUGUCUUUCCUCGCUCUAUCAACCAUGGACUGUCAUCGAUAAUAUUGUCUCCCUUCGACGAUGGUCCGCCUAGUCACCACCUCUCGCAUCGUCUCGGCCCUCGAGGAUGUCCCGCCCUCGUCUCGCCAGGAGCUUGACCUACCAGACACCUUAUCUCUCGAGGGCCCGAUCGCCCAUGAACAGAUAAUCCGGUUGGCUCGAUAUUUUCGAACCAGGAAUGACACCUCCAUCAGCAGUGAUGACCGGAGUCUAAAUUCGCUCCUCCGCGGGACCAAGGUGUACGUUCCACCGCCGCCGAAGAAGCCCGAGCCCAGCCCCGAAUACCUCGCUUUAAAAGCCCGUCUCCUCGCCGCCGCCGAAGCAGACGCCUACAAACGCAUGACUUCUCCACAUCUGCCCUCGUCGCAAUCCCCGGCGUCCAUCUUCUCGUCAUCCACACCGACACUCUCCGCCAUCCACGAAUCGAAGUCAUCAGGCGACCAGUCAGUCGACGACUCGGAUCCGCUGACGCCCGGACUCGUGCUGAAUAUCUUCCUCUCCGUUCUGCUCACCGGGUUCAGCGUUUACUGGGCGCUGACCAGCUUUCGAACACCCGAUUUACUGGUCGCGUUGGUGGCGACGGUCUGGCGGUCGUCGAAUCGAACCGGCUCGCAGGGCGGGGUGUCCGAGCCCGUGCGAGUCUUGAUCUCGCUUCUCGUGGCGUUAAUGGUCGGCGUCGCGGAAGUGCUGAUCUACGCUAUCUACUUACGUAAAGUUGAACAGGCGCGGGCACGUGAGAAACGAAUCCGAGAACGAAAAGUAGUGGUGGAGGGAGACGACCAGAACCCCAGUGGUGAGGAUACGGCGAAUACCGCUGGGGAAGGAAACGCUACCGUCAUACCACCCGACGGAGAGAAGGCAGAGAUCUGGGGCAGAGGACCGAACGGUGGACUAAGGAGGAGAGUACGGGAACGGUGGGAAGAGAAGGAGAAAGAAGAAGAUGGACAAUGACCGUAAGUGAUGAGGUUGCCCCCUUUUGACCAUGACUAGGACCAUUUGCUCCUUGAUACCCCCUCUCUCUCAAAAAUUUGGUCGAGUCUUGCAAAACUCUCGACUCAGAUGUGUACAAUAUGUUGUUUUCAACCAAUCUAAGAAAUGCCGGUACAAUGAG